UAAAUGGUUCUUCCAUCAAUGAGAAAAGAAAUAAAUAGACACAAUGAUAAUGUUGAAACGUCUUUCUUCAGAUCAAACGAUCUUUCCGCGAUAAAAGGUUCUAUAAAUAUAAUGUUUCUCUACGGUUGUCCCGUAACGUCAUGAUAAAAUGGAUUGGGUAUACCCUAAGUGCCAAAAUCCGCUGAGUCAUGAUUUUCAUGACUGCGAUGCUAUUGGUUGACCUUGAACUGGUCACAUGAACUCACCUCGUACUGAUUAACAAAACAGUUUCCAUCAAUAGCAAGUUAUCAACAACGGAUGCCAAUAUCACAUGAAACAGCAGCGAUCACGCCGAAACCAAAUGACCCCCUAUAGAGAAGACCUAUUUACCAUGACUCAAUGCCUUUAAUGUCAGGCACAGUCUUUCUCAAGCACUGUCCUCUCAAAUAUGUCAGAUAAUCCACAAUAAUCGUCACGCGCGAUGUCUUAAAUAGCUAUACGUAUCCUAUAAAUCCAUAAUUUAUGCCGACAAGAUCUUUUACAAGCAUCUUGCCACAUAUGUGAAACGUCGAGAACCUAAAUAUACAAAAUAUCAAAACCUAACCCUAUCGCUCUUAACCGAAUUCCAUUUCCAACUUCAACUCCAACUCCAACUUACUCUAAAACUAACUCUAAUUCUAAAUGUAACACCCCCAAAAUAUAACUAAACAAGAACUUAUUGUGAUGCUACAUAGCUACGUAAAUUUACAUAAUAAUAGUGAAUACAAAAUAUAUUACUCCCAAGAUUAAUUACAUAAACUGAAUAAUGAUACUAAAAAUCCCAAAAGAAAUAGUUAAUGAAUCUAAAGGUGCAAUUAGAUAACAAAAGGAAUUAUAAACAAUCGAAUGUGUGAAUGGUGAUAAAAUUACUAAGGUUACAGGAUGCAAAACAAACGAAAUCCAAACUAGCACUAUUACAAUAUAAUUCUCACACAACAUUUAAAGAGGUAUUCAGUUAUUUUGUAUUUUCAUAUUUCAUACUGGGAACCAAAGUUAUUUCUUAUUUCAAGACUCAAAAACCUAAAUAUUUAUAUUUUCAUUCCGAAGAUCUCAAUUUUUUCAUAUUUCAAACACCCCUCUCGCGACUGAGCGAAUGCACACUGGGGCAUGCGCAAAUUGAACUUCCUCAUUUGCUGCAAAUGCGCGACCAUUCGCUGAGUAGCUCAACUCAGUCACAGAAUAGAAUAGGAAUAAUCAACUCCUACUUCCUAUUCUGUGACUCAGUUGAACUACUGGGCGACUGGUCGCGUUCGCCGAUUCGCUGACUUGUUGAUUCGAUUUCGCCAAGUCGCGCGACCAGAGCCACUAGGCGAAUUCUUUCAUGCGAAUCGUAGCGAUAGAGUAGGACCAUGAUCUACUUUCUGCGAAUCGAAUUUUUUCGCUGCAAAAUCUGAGAACAUGACACCACGCUGGCUCGAUUCGACCGAAAGAAUUCGCCUAGUGGAAAUCGGGUUGUCUAGCAACACUGCACCUUUUUGUUAGCCUAACCAAUUAAAACACUCCGCAUGCUAAACCCAUAAAAACACCACGGGAGCACUGACAGAUAACAGAUACAGGCCUGUAUGCCGCGAUUUGACAGGGAUGCUGUGUGCACGGUGAACGGGGAAAUCCUUGACAAAUACAAAUAGGAAUAUCUGCAUUAUAAGAUUAAUCUGGGAGCCUAUCAUCGCAGGAUUUGCUAAUCUCGAAUGGAUUCUUCCGCAAGAAGGUCGAUUAUGGAGUCAGAUAAGGAAUAUUGCAAGUCUUCAAGACCUCCAGACAGUGAGAGCAGUCAAGCUCUAGGCUUGCAGUAUCGCAUUGACGAAUCUCCUUCAUGGCCACUGUGCAUCUUUCUUGGCCUGCAGCAUUACCUCACGAUGUUUGGAGCCACGAUUGCAGUUCCAUUUCUGCUUGCCCCCUCACUGUGCAUCGCAGAUAAUCCUCUGAUACUUGGUGAAGUUAUCAGUACCAUAUUUUUUGUGUCUGGUAUUGCUACAUUGUUACAAACUUUUUUGGGCAAUAGACUACCAAUUGUGCAGGGAGCAACAUUUUCCUUUCUGGGCCCAACAUUCGUUAUUCUGUCGCUACCAGGGUUCAAAUGUCCGGUUGAUUCACAGAAAGGGAACAACACUACAGGCUCAACCCAUGAUUGGAGAAUCGGAAUGCGCGAGGUCCAAGGAGCUAUAAUGGUAUCAUCACUGUUCCAGAUAAUCUUGGGUUUCUCAGGAUUGGUUGGCUUGAUCACAAAGUUCAUAGGCCCGCUUACAGUUACACCAACCAUAUCGCUUAUUGGCCUAUCGCUGUUCCCUGCGGCUGGCUUCUAUUCUGGUAAGCAGUGGGGAAUAGCAUGUCUGACUGUGUUUUUAAUACUACUGUUCUCUCAAGUUCUGACCAACAAGAAGGUUCCAUUGCCAUGGAUUUCAUCUGAACGAAAACUGACUGUAGUCUGGGUUCCAAUUUUCAAGCUUUUCCCUAUCUUGUUGGCUAUUGUUCUGGCCUGGGUUGUUAGUGCCAUUGUGACCGCAGCGGGCGGGUUUUCUUCAAACCCAAAGGCAGCCUCGUAUUCAGCAAGAACUGAUUCUCGUAUUGGUGUCUUGAAGAACGCUGACUGGUUUCGGAUACCUUAUCCAGGCCAAUGGGGUACUCCUACACUCAGCUUGGCUGGCGUGUUUGGGAUGCUUGCUGGAGUGCUUGCGUCGAUGAUAGAAUCGAUUGGAGACUACUACGCAUGUGCAAGACUCAGUGGAGCUCCUCCGCCUCCAGGACACGCGAUCAACAGAGGAAUUGGUAUGGAGGGAAUAGGCUGCCUACUUGCUGGUGCAUUUGGAUCUGGCAAUGGCACGACGUCUUAUGGGGAGAAUAUAGCCGCAAUUGGAAUAACAAAGGUUGGAAGCCGUCGCGUUAUCCAGUUUGGAGCUAUCUUUAUGUUGAUCUUAGGCGCCCUUGGCAAAUUUGGUGCAUUAUUCGCAACCAUACCCGAGCCAAUUGUCGGAGGAAUGUUUUGGACAUUGUUUGGGAUGAUCUUAGCUGUUGGAUUGUCCAACCUGCAGUAUGUGAAUAUGAAUUCGUCGCGGAAUUUGUUUGUUCUUGGUUUCUCGUUUUUUACGGGAAUGGUAAUUCCCGACUGGCUAGAGAAAAACCCAGGGGCGAUUAACACUGGUGUGGAAGAGCUUGAUCAAAUCAUUGAGGUACUGUUGAAAACAGAAAUGGCCGUGGCGUGUAUAAUUGCAAUGAUUUUGGACAACACACUACCUGGUACAGAUGAGGACCGUGGCAUAAUCAGCUGGCGGAAAGAAACAGUGUCAGAGGGCUCCAUGCAGACAUCUUCCAUUCAUGUCUAUGAUCCUAUCUGCACAAAGUUAUGGGUUGGGAGAAAAUGGCUGAAAUAUGUGCCAUUUUUGCCAUACUAUGGUAAUUAUGAAGAUAACGCACCAACUAAUAUAGAGAUGAAGCCUUGCCCCUCUCCUGAAAGUGCAGACAUCGCUAUACUGUAGAUGUAUUUUUUCCACUGUUUGACUGUCGAUUUUUCCACUCGUUUAGAAUAUUUUGGGGGGGGGGGGCCAACGUCAGCACUAUCUGUUGGAACUGAGAUUUAAUGUAAAUUUUUUAUACUACUCCGACACCUUGGCACUGUUUCUUUACUACUCCCCCUUUCCUUCCGGUGGAUGAGUCAAAAAACGCAAGCUUAAAAUUCGUACCUGUCAGAAUUUAUGAUAACUGGAUACAAUUGUUGGGUCAAGGCUUUUUACUGAUAACGUUAAAAUGCACACACAACACGGCAUAUAGUUUUAAUGGCUGUUUGGAUCAUUCCUAUCAUAAACAAAUCCAUAGGAACAUUGACAAAGGCGCUGACUUUUAAUUUUCCCGAAGGUAAUUCAGAAUAGUGAAAAUAGACUCUGCCAAAUUGGCACAUACCGUAAAUCCUCGAAUAAGCUCCCGGGGGCUUAUUUGCAAAAAUGAAUUUUUGGGUGGAGGAUUAGUAUUUUCCUCUAAGAUCGACAUAAAAACGACAUAAUUUUCUCAAUGAAAUAAAUAGAAAAAUUACAAAAAAUCUGUUGUCCUGUGGGGGCUUUCUUGAAAUAAGAUCUUUGCAAUGAUGAAAUAGAAUCUUUCAUUACUUUGCAAUGAUGCUUCCCUCAAAUAAGCCCCCACGGGGGCUUAUUCAAGGGGGGCUUAUUUGCAAAAAUGGUUUUUUAGGUGGGGUCUUAUUCGGGGGGGGCUAUUCGAGCGUGGGGGCUUAUUGAAGGAUUUACGGUAUGUCUGCAAGUUGUAACCCACUCCUUGCAAAAUACACUCAAACUUACCCUUUAUAUCGUAUAUCAGAUCAGUAUACCGGUUACUUUACCAUAAUUCGAAUUUUGACUACAUAAAUUAAAAGAUGCCAUAGAGUACUACUAAAUACUCAUAAUCAGUUAAAUAUGAUAAAGAUCGGGUGAAAUAUGGCCAAUGAAAUGUUUGAAAUAUGAUAAAGGAUUACUGUUAUUUUGGUUCUGUUCAUAAAGUUAUGAACAGAGACCAAAUUACGAAGGUUUAAAAGUAAACUGCCUGUGCUUAUGUGGCCACAUCUAAACCAAUUCGUGUCACAUUCAACUGAUUUUGCACUUUUAGAGAUACACUCAAAUUUUUUUAUAAGAAACAAAGGUCGAUGUUGAGUACUCCAGUUUCUUAAUGUUCUGAAAAUUUCAAUACUCACUGUUUCUUAAUGGUUUAAUGAAUGAUGUUAUGAAAUGUUCGUGACCUUUUUUUCACGUCAAGAGAUUCGCAUCCGUUCUGACGCUGUAUUUAGACAUGGAAAGUGUAUUUUUAUCCCUUGUGUCUUAAUUUCUAGGCCAUCAGGGCAAUCAUGUUCUUGGAUUUUACAAAAUUUCGUCGUUCUCAGUUUUAUCACGAUUUAAUAGUUUCUUAAUUUUCUUGCUUCGAGUACUGAAUUUUUUUAAUUUUUUCUGACUGUCCAUUACUCGUUUUUUAUAGCCAGGUUCUUGUAAAAAAAUGAGUGUAUUUCAUUAUGCUCUUUUAGGUUAUCGACUUUUUAUAUGAUACUUUUACGUUUAUAGAAAUCCAGUAUGUUAAAUAAACAAUUAAUCCAGCAUUAAAAGUGUCAAUUUUUAUUUGUCAGUUUUCUGUUUUGUCAUUUAUUUUUCUUUAAUUCACUUUUUAUAUUAGUUUUGAAUUUUUGAUACCCUUAUAUUAUAUAUUAUAUAUUACAAAAUGAUACCUUUGUCACAGAUUCUUGUAUUUGUUAAUUUUGUAAGUGGUUAUGAUGUAAAUUUUGGUUAUGAGACCUCUCACGUCUCACGGGCAACACCCAUUACCCUCCCACUCUGCUGUAGCUGGCGCCGCAACUGGCUGCAUAACCAGAAAAUGCCCUCGAAUUGCUUAGUUGCUGUACGAAACGAGCAAAGGGUUGAUAUUUUGGGGCCAUGAUUUAAAAUGUUUCUUUUCUUUUCGGUUACCAAAGUGCGGUGGUGAUGGCAAAUUGGCCUUGGGCCUUGAGGUCUAGAGAGCCCUCGAGGUUUCCAGUUUCUGAAGCAGCUAAAUUCUUUGACGAGCGACGAGCAUCGUGCAUUUGUCUGCCUUCACAAGCAGAUCGUUAUACGAACUGGUAUGAUCAUUAUAUGUUGGAUUGUAAGAACAAUGAUAUAUUUUAUAUUAUUAGAUGGUAAAUUUACGUUGUUUCAAACCCCACCCCCACCCCCCAAAUAAGGAACUCUUUUUAGGGAUUACGUAAUCUAUUUGCCUCGUUUGUGCAAAGUGGAUAGCCUAUGCCAAAAAGAUGAAUGAAAAUUGACGUCGAAAGUUCUGCGUUUUGCUAAACCCAUUGUCUUACAUAUAGAGAAAUCUUAGGGCACGUUCUUGUAUCUGUUCAAUUUUCUGUAAUGAUUUAGACGAUGAAAAAUACCAGACCAAGGGACAAUACUGAAAUUGGAAUAUACGAAGUCUGAAUAAAAAACCUUUUUCUCCUGGAAACCAAUAAACGUCUUUAAUCUUUUAAGAACAUUCAAUUGUGUUGCAGCUUUUUUGCAAAGAUUCGAAAUAUGUGGGUCGAAAUCAAAAUUGUAAUCCAACGUUACUCCUAAAAGCUCCACUGUCUCCUCAGAUUGAAUUUUUUUACCAUUAAUGAUCAUUUGUUCUCCACUAGCAUUUGUCUUGUUUUUUCUAAGAAUCAUAGCAUGAAAUUUUUCAGGGUUUGCAAUCAUCUCAUUUUGUUUUAACCAUGAUAAGGCGAUUCCCGUUUCUUUUUGCAAAGUAUGUAUUCACAAAAUCACGCAUGUUUCUAGAAAAAUAAGAGAAUGUAUUGUCGUCUGCAUAAUUAUAGAGCGUUGCUUGCUUUAUGAAUAGAAAUAAGUUAUUUAUGUAAAAAUUGAAGAGGACUGGUCCUUGCACAGAGCCCUGAGGUACACCAGACAUAACCUCUUGAAAAGAGCUGUAUGAAUGGUUUAUCCUAACACACUGAUUUCGUCUUUUGAGAUAGGAAUAAAUUAGAACUAAAGCAUUUUCAUCAAACCCAUACGCUUGCAGCUUGGCGAUAAGCAAAUCAUGUAGAACACAAUCGAAAGCUUUCGAAUAAUCCAUUAAGACUGCACCAACGAGAUAGUCAUUGUCAAGGCUAGUCUUCCAGUCUUCUAUCAAACGUAUCAAAACAUGUUGGGUUGCAUACAUUUGUCGAUACGCAGCAAUGAAGACUGAAAGCGUGUAAUCUAAAUGCUAAACCAAUUGAUUUUUUAAGACUUUUUCAUAUAUCUUUGAAAAAGUAUUGAAAACACUAACUAGGCGGAAAUCUUUCUAAUGUACGAUUUGAUUCCUCUUUUUCUAGUGGGCAAACUGCCG